ACGUCACCACUUCCACAACAACAAGAAGCUGAAAAACAAGGAAGUGAAUGAUUGUGAAGCAGUCGUAACCUGUUCUAAGGCCGUGAGAAGACACGCAGAGUUUCCGACUAAUCUGACACUACCCAGCAUCCGAACCAGCCCAGAACAAUGAGCAACAAAGGUUCCUAUCCACAGCAGGCUGUGUACCCUCAGCAGAGCACUGCACCUGUAUACCCCCCUGCUAUGCAAAUGUCUCCUCAGGCACCUCCUUACACAGACACACCACCUGCAUAUUCUGAGAUAUACCAGCCCAGAUAUGUGCUUCCACCUCAGGUGCCUGGUCAGGUGCCUCAGAUGUCAUCCCCCUAUCCUGGUGCUCAGGUGUUUAUGCCCAUGCAGCCACACAUGCCUGUUGGACCAGUGGGCCAGAAUGUCCCGAUGGCUUACUACCCCAUGGGGGCUGUGUACCCACCCGGUUCAACAGUGAUUGUGGACGGUGGGUUUGAUGCUGGUGCUCGCUUUACAACAGGCAGCAGUGUUUCCAUUCCACCCCCACCUCCUGGACAUCCCCCCAACGCAGCUCAGCUGGCUGCCAUGCAGGGUGCCAAUGUUGUAAUGACACAGCGCAAGAAUAACUUCUUCCUGGGUGGAUCCAGUGGAGGUUAUACCAUCUGGUAACAGCAACUCCUCAACUUCUCCCUCAUGCCUAAUCCGUGUCCCCAUCCCAAAUGAUGCCCCCGUUUCUUCCCCAUCCUAUACGGCUCCCUCUUCAGGCUGCUUGGCCAUGCCACAAUACUGAUAUCACCUAACGGAAUGUAAUAUUUUAGAGCCCUGACUAAAGGUACAGUACUCCACUUCUGACCUAGAGAUCAAUUAAUAUGUGCGAUUGCCUGGAGAUGAUAAAUGCAGAUCUUUGUUUAGACAAAUGUCAUAGAAUCAUUCCAUAAAUCUUCAUUGGCUUUAACAACUGUGGUCAUUUAAGAUUGGACCGUUUAAGCAGGCAUUUGUUAGAGAGACCUGGUCUCCUUGAUUGAUUACAUCACAAACUAAAACUAUUUGUACACCUGUAAAGUUAUUUACAUUAAAUGUUUAAAUAUGAGACCCAUGUUAUAUAGUUUAGCUGCUUUAUGGUGAAAGUGAAUUGCAGUAGCAAAGUUUCAGUCAAAGCUCGAAAAAAGAAAUCUUCACUUGUCUUUUUUGAAAACCUUUAGUGUAGUUUAACUAUUAGAUGUGUAAUAGUCCCAUGUAUAUUCCAGUAUGACCAUUAUUAAAAUUAUAUCUCUACUAUACAAAAAAUCUGCAUCUUGGAUGCUUUUAGCUAGAAUUGUCUUGUGUUUUGCACAGUGUCUGAAAUACCACUGACAGAUUGUCAAAAUUAAAUCACUUGUAAAUUAAACAAAUAAAAUUAAAGCAAGUAAUUAAAAAAAUGAUUCCAUGAAAUAUUCAAAGUGGUUUACUGUACCUUUUUGGGCACCUUGUAGAUGAACAUAGUCAAGUGCCAAAGAGCACUGGGGAUAUCCCUAAUUUAAAGCAAAUUAACUUCAGUAAACUUAAAGGAAAGAAAUUUAAAUAAAUCCAAAUAGUAGGUUGAAUGAGAAGGGGUGGUUGGUGUAACAUUUUAGCUUAUAUGCCUCCUGUUUUCAGUCGGAUACCCAGAGUCUAUACACUAAAUGUUUGUAGUACUCGUUUCACAAACUACACUGUUGUGCUUCAGUAUGAUUAAACCAGUUUUUCAAAGUAUUUCUUUAUAGUAGAGGAAUGUCACCUUUGUAAUAGCAUUAGUUUGUAGUUCAUUCUCCAAGGUUGCGGGGACGUAAUUAAAUAUUUCAGUGUUGUUGUUUUUUUUAUUAUUUCUUCAUUAGUUUUUCACUUUCAGGUGAUUGACAUGCAUCGAUGGGCUGAUACAAUUAUUCGUAUAACCAAUGAGCUGGUUGUACCAAAGAUUUGGUCUGCAAUGCAUUCAUGUUUGGUUGUGACUUAAAAUUUUUUAAACGUCACAAUUUGAAGGUGAACAUAUCAUGGAAUAAGCAGUUGUAGGAUUGUUGGCACACAGAACCCUCACUCUGAGAUGACUGCAGUAGAUAAUUAUGUUGAUGUCACUUUACGUGGGACAGUUGCAUCUUUGCGUUGUUGCGUACUUUUGCACCUUUGCUAUGUACAAAUUUGAUUCAAACUUUUUAUCUGGGAUGCACUGCUAAGCAAAUCUGAAACGUUGCAGAUAAAGGGGCUACUUUUUUUAAAGAAAUCCUGAUUUCAUGUCUUUAUAAAGGAAGCUGUGACAUUUUUAAACAUUCUACAUUUAAAAUUCUUCUUAAUCAUCACAUUUAUUCCAUUGUAACGAUAUGUCAGGAUGUGUCGUUGUUCAGUAGAGCAUGAUAAUGUAUGCAAAGUGUUUGCAACGGCGAUAUAUAUAUAUAUAUAUAUAUAUAUAUAUAUAUAUAUAUAUAUAUAUAUAUCGCUGUCAGCAUAAUUGUUCAUUUAAAGACAAUUUUGUGCUGCUAAUUAAACAGUUUUAGAGUCUUUACAAAAUAUGUUAUCCUGCAAACGUCAAUAAGGCAUCUAACACUACACAGGUCAGUAUGGAUACCAUCAAUAUUUGUGGAUAUUUUUAAUUUCUGGUGUGUUGUAGCGCCUGAGUCACUGGGUAUCCGACAUGCCAUCAGGUUUUAAGAGCUGUGGCCCUGAGACAAGCCCUGUUGCUGUCGACCAACAUUAAGCACGUGGCGAGUCUGAUUCGAGUCGGAAAAAGUAGCCUGAAAACCCGUUUCAUUCAUGCGACGAGCCUUCGCUGUGCCAUUUAUACGCAAACUACUACUCCAGAUGUGACAGAAGUCACUGAAGUGUCAAAAUGGCUCAUUUUCUCCAGAUUUGCCAGAGAAGAGGCCACAGCUAUUAAAACUUCCACCAUACAGUUCAUUAAGUGUUUUCCUUAUUUUCCAUCUCUGCUCUGAUAGUAACAGCAUAAUGGUGGUUUUGUCUCAGCAAUAUGAAGUACUGUAAACUACCGCUGACCAGUAGAUGCUAUGCCAACCACAGCCAGCAAAUGGAUCACUCUGUUGAAGGAAUAUGGACAUUUAUAGUUCAGGGAUUCUCUUUACAAUAUUUUGUAAAAUAGAUGUAUGUACUAAAGUGAUGUGAUGGACUUUGGUACACAUUCUAUCUUUUAAGAUUACUAAAGGAGAUGAGUGUCACUACAGUUUGCUGAGACAUGUCAAAGAUGGAAUACUUUGAAAAAGAACUUAGGUGCACUUAACUUUUUUAUACUAAACUUAAAAUUUAAAAUGUAAGUUUAGAAUAAAGGUUAUUUUGGAAAUUUGAAA